AUGGCCGCCGGACACUCCCCGCUUCUCCGCCUCUGGCUCCCCUUCCUCCUCCUCCUCUCCUCCGCCGUUGCCUUCGACGUCAUGGAGAUCCUGCAACCCUACACCGACUACUCCACCUUCACCAAGUACUUGACCGACUUGAAGCUCGUCGACGUCAUCAAUGGCCGUCAGACCGUCACCGUCCUCGUCCUCGACAACAAGGCCGUCUCGGCCUUCUCGUCUCUCUCAGGCGACAGCCUCAGGAAAGCCGUCUCCUUCCACGUCCUGCUCGACUACUACGACCCCUACGUCUUGGACCGCAACUUCAAUAAGUCUGGCAUUAUCCCCUCCCUGGGGGGCGACUUGAAGUACAACGAGUUGGCCGGACAGAAGAUGGUCUUCGGCGUGGACGUCGCCGGGGCUCCGCAGGAUUGCAGCCUGAUCAAGGUCGUCGGGGCGAGGCCUUAUAAUCUAUCGGUCCUCGAAGUGAGCAAGGCCAUUAUGGGGACAGGUGAUGCCAGCGGUGCUGCCUCUUCGACCAACGCUCCACCAGCAGCGACAACUCCCGACGGCUCCGCCCCACCUGUUGCCUCCGCGGAGGCACCGAAGGGUAGCUCUGCCGCCGCUCCGGCGACGGGAGCGUCAAGUGGAAGCAGCACCGCUACCUCUGGUGAAAAGGCAGCGGCUCCCACUGCGGCAGAGGCGCCGAAGAGUGGCGGUAGCUCUGCAACUUCGACAGCCACAGAGGCUCCCACUUCUGCAGAGGCACGGAAGAGCAGCAGCUCCACUGCUCCUGCAACAUCUGAGGAAGCGAAGAGCAGUGGAUCCAUUGCUCCGGUGGCAGCGGAGGCUCCAAAGAGCAGCCGCGGCUCUGUUUCAUCAGAAGCUCCAAAGAGCAGCAGCGGCUCUGUUUCAUCAGAGGCUCCAAAGAGCAGCAGUGGCUCUGUUUCUUCAGAGGCUCCCAAGAGCAGCAGCGGCUCUGUUUCUUCAGAGGCCCCCAAGAGCAGUAGCUCUGAUUCUUCAGAAGCUCCGAAGAGCAGUAGCUCCUCUGUUUCUUCAGAGGCCCCCAAGAGCAGUAGCUCUGAUUCUUCAGAAGCUCCGAAGAGCAGUUCCUCUGUUGCUUCAGAAGCUCCGAAGAGCAGUGGUGGUGCUUCUUCAGAGGCUCCCGAGAUCAGUUCCUCUGUUUCCUCAGAAGCUCCUAAGAGCAGCGCUAGCACUGCAACAUCCCAAGCUCCAACAGCAUCAGCUCCAGUCAGUGGCAGCUCCUUGGCUCCAAAGAGCAGUAGCAGCUCCUCUGGUCCGGCGGCCGCAGAGACACCAAAGAACAGCCUCUCCAAUGCUCCAACAGCAGCCUCUGAGGCUCCUCGGAGUAGCACCACCGCUUCUUCUCCAACUGCCUCAGAGGCUCCAAAGAGCAGCAGCAUCUCCACUCCUCCCACGGCCGCUGAAGCUCCAAAGAGCAGCGCUACCUCCUCUUCUCCAACGGCCGCAGAGGCGCCAAAGAGUAACAGCAUCUCCGCCGCUCCUUCAGGCGCCCCCAAGAGUGGUCCAACUGCACCUUCCCCCGCGAACAAGGGAGCGGCCCCCGCCGGCGCGCCCAAGAAGGCCCCCGCCGCUGCUCCCAGGAAUGAGGAUCGGAUGGGGACUAACGCAGAAGGGCCGGUGGCGGACGUGCCGGUGACAAGCAUCGCAUCGACUCCCUCGUCGGCGGAGGCUCCUGGUCCGGUGGGGGAUCAUGCCUCUGGUUCCCCGAGCAACGGAGUGGGAAUGUGUACCAUGAUUGGGUUCGCCAUGGGUUCUACCCUUCUCCAAGCUUGGCUUUGA